AUGUAUUUUGUAUUCCUACUAUAUUUAGCCUCAGUUGUGAAAUGUUCGAUCAAGUUGGACUUCAAUAUAGUGCUGACCCCUUCCAAAUACACAAAAAGAGAUGCCUUGCCCAUGCCUCUUAUCAACGACAAGAUCUUGUACACUACAGAAUUGGAGAUCGGAUCGAAUAAGGAUAAGGUUUCAGUGUCAAUAGAUACUGGAUCUUAUGACUUGUGGGUAAUGAGCAACGAUGCCAUUUGUUACAAAGUAUCUGAGUUUCAAACUGAAGGUGCACCCCAACUACCUGAUAUUUUCAAUGAUAUUGAUCAAGAGUAUUCCUGUACUGUCAAUGGAACAUACAAUCCAAACACCUCAACAACGUUUAAAAAUACAUCAGAAGAUUUUUCCAUUGGUUAUGUAGAUGGUUCUGCUGCUCAAGGUGUAUGGGGCUACGAUAGUGUUCAAUUUGGAAAAUAUGGGGUGACUGAUUUGAAAAUAGGAAUUGCCAAUAGAUCCAGUGUUUCGGAUGGAAUUUUGGGGAUUGGGAUAGCUAAUGGGUAUGACAACUUUCCUGUAUUAUUACAGAAACAGGGGUUGAUCAAUAAAAUCGCAUAUUCUGUCUAUUUGAACUCGUCAAAUUCCACUACGGGAACCAUACUAUUUGGUGCUAUCGAUCAUGCAAAGUACGACGGUGCAUUGAGUACAGUUCCUAUUAAUUCAGAAAGUCAGCUUUCGGUCAAUGUAACAAAUUUAGAGACAAAAGAUGGAAAGGUUACCUCUGGUAGUCAUUCGGUUCUAUUAGAUACCGGAUCGACCUUUUCGAUUUUCCCCGAUGAGUGGAUUGACGCACUUGGACGCUCUUUGAAUGCUACGUACGAUGACAACGAGUCAGUUUAUGCAAUUGAAUGUGAUGGCUAUGAUGAAAAUUUCUUUGGGUUUUCAAUAGGCAAUGCUGAUUUUUCAAUUCCAAUUCAAGAUCUCACCACAGAAAAGGACGGUCAGUGUUAUUUGGCGAUUAUGAGCAAUUCAGUUAUAGGUGGCGGCGGCAUUCUUUUUGGUGACGAUAUAUUGAGACGAAUUUAUCUUGUUUAUGAUUUGCAGGACAUGACUAUUUCGGUAGCGCCAGUGGCUUAUACCAAAGACGAAGAUAUUGAAGAGAUUUUAAACCAUAACGAGGAUCAAAACGAGCUUCGAACAAGUAAUUCUUUUACACAAUCUGCAUCUAGUUCUCAAUCCCAGUCCAGUUCAACCUCCAGUGGUGACAAUAUGAAGAAGGCCACCAGCAGUGCCAGUGGGAGUCGUCAAGCACAUUCAUGGCUCACCACAUUGUGUGCUGUACUUCUCGUGUAUAUACAUAUUAUAUAG